GCGGGCGGCCAUGGCGGACACCGAGAAGCUCAACCUCGACUCCAUCAUCAGCCGCCUCCUGGAGGGUGAGCGGCUCCCGCCGCCCCCGCUGGGACCAGUCCAAGGGUCGCGGCCGGGGAAGAACGUGCAGCUGACUGAGAACGAGAUCCGCGGGCUGUGCCUCAAAUCCCGAGAGAUCUUCCUGAGCCAGCCCAUCCUGCUGGAGCUGGAGGCACCCCUCAAGAUCUGCGGUGACAUCCACGGGCAGUACUACGACCUCCUGAGGCUCUUCGAGUACGGGGGCUUCCCCCCUGAGAGCAAUUACCUGUUUCUGGGGGACUACGUGGACCGGGGCAAGCAGUCGCUGGAGACCAUCUGCCUGCUGCUCGCCUACAAGAUCAAGUACCCCGAGAACUUCUUCCUGCUGCGGGGCAACCACGAGUGUGCCAGCAUCAACCGCAUCUAUGGCUUCUACGACGAGUGCAAGCGAAGAUACAAUAUCAAGCUCUGGAAGACCUUCACUGACUGCUUCAAUUGUUUGCCCAUUGCCGCCAUCGUGGAUGAGAAGAUCUUCUGCUGCCACGGAGGGCUGUCCCCAGACCUGCAGUCGAUGGAGCAGAUCCGGCGGAUCAUGCGGCCCACGGAUGUCCCGGAUCAGGGGCUGCUCUGUGACCUGCUCUGGUCCGACCCCGACAAGGACGUGCAAGGCUGGGGGGAGAACGACCGUGGGGUCUCCUUCACCUUCGGGGCUGAGGUGGUGGCCAAAUUCCUGCACAAGCACGACCUGGACCUCAUCUGCCGGGCACACCAGGUGGUGGAGGAUGGCUACGAGUUCUUCGCCAAGCGCCAGCUCGUCACCCUCUUCUCGGCCCCCAACUACUGCGGCGAGUUCGACAACGCUGGUGCCAUGAUGAGCGUGGACGAGACACUCAUGUGCUCCUUCCAGAUUUUGAAGCCGGCUGACAAGAACAAGGGCAAAUACGGGCAGUUCAGCGGGCUGAACCCUGCCGGGCGCCCCGUCACCCCUCCCCGAAACUCUGCCAAAGCCAAGAAAUGAGCUGGGAGCCGCCCCUGUGCUGCCCAUGCCCCCAAGCCCCCCGCCCCAGCAUCAGGUCGCUUUUCUUUCGACUCGUUUUUUUAUUUGUAGAAUCCUGCCGCCCCCUCCGCCACGCUCCACCAAAGCAAAUCCAGGCCCAGGGCAGGGAGUACUGGGGCAAGGGGGG